AUGACUCACACCAACCUUACCAUCUUCCAUCCUGCAGUUUUUGUUCUACUGGGCAUCCCUGGGUGGGAGGCUUACCACAUUUGGCUAUCAAUACCCCUCUGCCUCUUGUAUAUCACUGCUGUCCUGGGGAACACCAUCCUGAUAGUGGUCAUCAUCACAGAACAUAAUCUUCAUGAGCCCAUGUACUUCUUCCUCUCUAUGCUGGCCAUCACAGACAUCCUGCUGUCUACCACUACUGUACCCAAAGCUCUAGCCAUCUUUUGGCUCCAUGCCCAUGACAUUGCCUUUGAUGCCUGUGUCACCCAAGUUUUCUUUGUCCAUAUGAUGUUUGUGGGGGAGUCAGCCAUCCUAUUAGCCAUGGCCUUUGACCGCUUUGUGGCCAUCUGUGCCCCCUUGCAUUAUACAACAAUGCUAACAUGGCGUGUUGUGGGAAGGAUUGUUCUGGCCAUUGUCACCAGAAGCUUCUGCAUCAUCUUCCCAGUGAUCUUCUUAUUGAAGCAGCUGCCCUUUUGCCGGACCAACAUCGUCCCCCAUUCCUACUGUGAGCAUAUUGGAGUGGCCCGCUUGGCUUGUGCUGACAUCACCAUUAACAUCUGGUAUGGCUUCUCAGUGCCCAUUGUCAUGGUCACCUUGGACGUGAUCCUCAUUGCUGUGUCUUACUCACUGAUCCUCCGAGCAGUGUUUCGUUUGCCCUCCCAAGAUGCCCGGCACAAGGCCCUCGGCACUUGCGGCUCCCACCUGUGUGUCAUCCUCAUGUUUUAUGUUCCAUCCUUCUUUACGUUAUUGACCCACCGCUUUGGACGUAACAUUCCUCGACAUGUCCAUAUCCUGCUGGCCAAUCUUUAUGUGGUGGUGCCACCAAUGCUCAACCCCAUCGUCUAUGGUGUGAAGACUAAGCAGAUCCGGGAGGGUGUAGCCCACCGGUUCUUUGACAUCAAGACUUGGUGCUGUGCUUCCCCUCUGGGCUAA